AGAUUGCAAUAUCCACAUUUGUUGGCGGCGGGCUUCUUACUUUCAUAUCAUCGUCAUUACAUCAACACACACCAAAUCCAAAGCACGAAGGAAAUGACUACGCCGGCGCCCUCCGCUUCUGCCCUCGUGAUCGGCGUUACCGGUUUCGUCGGGAGUUAUGUUGCGAAAGCCCUGGUAGAGAAGGGCUAUAAAGUGCACGGCACUUGUCGAGACCCUGCCGUUGCCGCGAAAUGGGUUCCGGAAAUGCUGCAAAAGUGCACACCAGCAGGAAGUCCUGCGAGCAUGGAUGACAUCAUCAAGCUCCACGCGCUCAACUUCACUGCGGACGAGGAAUCGUACGCAGCUGCGAAGGCAGCUAUCAAAACCAUUUUACAACAAAGUGAUGACUCGUCUGCAAACAAAGACAGCAGCACUAACAGUGGCCUUUCUACUCCACCAAUCAAAGGCGUCUUCAUGUGUGCUGGCUACGAGAAGCAGGAGCCUGAGACCAUAAAAGUGAUGGAGUCCAUGGCGAUUGCGACGCUGGAAGCGGUGCUCGAAGUUGGGAAGGAGCGGGAAAAUUUUGUAGCAGAGCCGCCUAUCGCGGUGAUUUUAACCAGUUCAACCGGCAGCACUAACCCGCCCCCGGAGAUUGCGAAAGCCCUUCCGUUGGCCAAAAGCGAGCUGACACAUUGGUCGGACCCGGAGUUUCAAAUCUUAAACAAAAGAUUUUCGCCCGCCGCGAAGACAAAUAUGGAGCUGAAGGCUUUCGGGUUUGUCGGUAUAAUCAUGUAGUGAGGAAGUUUACAGGCGUUCCCUUUGCGUACGACAACGACCGCUCGCGAGGAAAGUGUAGUUGCUCCCACCUCUAACAUGGUUCCUGACGCCUUGUUCUCAGGCUCAGUAGUGCGUCGGCUUGUUUUUCGACUUUAGAAAAAAUGGCCCUUCAUCACAGUGUUUCACACCUUGCGAAUUUCGACUCUAUCGCAAACGCCGAAACUGAUGUCAGGUCGCAACGCCCAGGACGAGGUCGUCGAUUCAGAAAAACACGAAAACGUGAAGAACAAAAUCCGGCUUUCGAUCAUGAAUCCUUCGUGGAUUCUCGCACCGCAGCUCCAGCCUGGUGACGUCUCCGGGAACGGUCUCUAGGCAUUGUAAAUUUAUAAUCUGAGUCGGGAAAUUUGUGAUGCUAGUCUGGUGGCACGCCUCUGAUUUUUGUAUUGUGUGGCCACGAAGAGCCCCUCUUGUCUGUCAUGCAGAAACGCAGCUUCUCUUUACUUAUACUUUCUCAUGCAAAGCACACAAGCACAAAAGAGAGCCGCGAGCGCGAAAGAACCUGUCAUGCGUGGCGGUGCAUGAUUACAGUGUGCUUACACACUGUUCACUGACAUGCACGACCAUCACGUUCACAACUUCCCCGACCCAGACGCUGGUUCGCACUUGAUAGUUUCCCUUGGCUUGCGAAAAUCGUGCAGGGGACUGCGAUACGAACUGCAAAAGUAGCGCACUCGUAGUAAUUGCAAUUAUGCAUUACUUGAGGUAAAUCCGCAUUGCAAAUUUUAUUUCUCAUGCUGAGAAAAUUUGUAGUGCAUUUAUACCCAGAGUGCGAUACUUUUGCAAUUCAUAUGCGAUGAGCGAACAAAUUCCAAACGACAGCAUAUGCAAGAAAAAAACUGUGUAAGUAAGUGUAAAUCUGUGAUGCAGAAAAUGCAAAACAGUGACACUUGUCAUGCUCGACAUGCAUGAUCGGCUCGCGUCCUGUGUGUUUUCCCUUCCUAUCUGCGCAUAGCAAGUUUUUCCUGUCAUAGCAGACAAACUUGUGAUGCUGUUUUCCCAAAAGACUUGCACCAACACAGUUUUUUUCUUGGAUACAGCAUGUCCAUCAUUUACUGCCAGGACUUGGCCGCGUUGCACGUCGCGUGCCUCGAAAACCCCACUGCGUCCGGUCGGUACUUCGGGGUGUGCCGAUCCUGGGCCUGGGAAGAGAUUUUGGAAACCGUGCAGAACAUUCUAUCAAAUGCAAAAAUGUCUGGGUCUGGAAGAAUGCAACUUGUGAUGCUGAAUUUGGAUUCCAAAAAAAUCUGUAUUGCAUGAGCAGCAAAGGGAACGUAAUGUUUGCUACGCGGAGAGGGCAUUUGUUUUUGUCAUGCGGAAUAGGCAUCAAGAAGCCCUCAAAAAAUCUGUGAUGCUAGGGCAUGCAUCACAGGCGUGAUGGCUCAUGCGAAAUGUGCAUGACAAGUCUCAGAACCUUCCAGACCCAGACACUUUUGCAUUGAUACAUUCGGGGAAAGGACAAAUACACCAUGCCGCCGAAAAACUACGAGGAGCCGAAUCCGGUCACGGAGUUCGAUUUGACACGGCAGAAGGAGCUGUCUGGCGGGAAGGAAUUAAUGAGCCUGGAGGGGAUUUUGAGGGAUACAAUAGGCUAUUUGGAAGAAAAGCAGUUGGUGUAAUGUAUGAUGACGAAACAAUAAACAGUAACAGACGGCGCAACAGGAAGUAGAAGCUGGUCUGCUGCAACACGACCAAGCGCUGCUAUGCGCGGCAAAGCCAUUUCAAUUUCUUGCAAAAGUGGCUACAGGAACUUCCAAGAAGAUACUUACAGUAAAUGCGCGAGAAUCUUGACAAGGCCACACUUCUCAAAAAUUUGAUGAAGUUCUUCCAGCACUGUACCUUUACUAUUGUUCGGGAGUGUCCUUGUCCUACAUGUACUUCUCCAACGCAACGACAGUUCAGUUGCUAUCACUUCUGUGGAUUGCGUAGGCGCUGUCAGUGCGCAGGCCUGUUAUUUUUUUUCCCCCAGAGAGUAUAAGAGGAUCUGCAGCUGGUAUGUAUUCGAGAGAGCCAGUUGGGCACCGUGGAGAAAAAGUUCGCAUUUCCACGUGCGCCAAACAUAAUCAAGUGAUGACAUCUUGUUCACGGGUUUCAGAGUGGAAAGGCUUCUUCAAAGUUCUUUUAGAGAAUUUAAGGCCCACCGUGGAGUGUAC